AUGAGUUCCCGCAUCCUCAUAACCUGUGAUGGCGCCUGGCGUGGAGUGAAGCUUAUUCGGCUCAAGGAACUGGCUAACGAAGCAAUGGACAUUCUAAGUAAGAGAGGCAAGCCGCUAAAUCAUUGUGUCGUACUGCAACACAUAACUCGAUCUCCGUCCGACCCGGACCAGAUUGUCUCCGGUGACGAACGGCCUGGGAAACGACCUUGUCUGAGUCACUCAGCCUAA